AUGAGUACUUACUUUAGACAAACAACAUUACUCGAACAUUUACCGAUCGAAAUCUUUCUAGAAAUUUUUGCUUCAUUAUCACUUGAAGAAAUUGUAACAGCUUUCUUUGGUCUUAAUGCUUAUAUUAAUUGGAUUAUUCGAUCUGUAAAAUGUACCAAUCACGGGAUAGUCAACAAUGAUAGCAAAUCUAUCAAUCUCUUAAAAUUAUUUCCAACUCAAAUCGAUCGAUUAGUUAUUGAACAAGCUGCAUCUGUUGAUUUCACAUCAUUAAUCAAUUUACGAUCACUGACAAUAAAACAUGGUACACCUGUGCAGUUAGAUGGGAUUCGUCCACAACAUUUUCCCUUGUUAGAAAUUCUCCAUAUUUCCGGUGUGAGCAGUGUUUCCUCAAUUGAUACAGCACGAACAAUUAAUGAUUUAUUUGAGGUUAUAUUAUCUAAUGGUUUUUCUCGACUUCGAAUAUGUACAGCGACACAAGUUGGCAGUUUAGAGUCGAAUCGCAAAUGGAAGAGAUCACCUACUAUUCAAUAUCUUCAAUUAGAUAAAACAACAGCACAUGUUCGUGACGAGAUUUACUCUACAUGCCCAAACCUACGUUCAUUUAAAUGUUCCUUACCUCCAAUUUCAUUUUCACUCUCGAUAUUUGGGGGUUAUACUAAAAAUUUAUUUAGAGAAAUCAUGGUAUUGAAACAAUGGGAAUUUAAAAAAACGUUUAUACUUGAUUUUUGUUCGAUGUUUCAUGAUGAUGAUGAUGAUGACGAACCACUUCCUAAGUUCAGUUACACACCACCAAUCACUCGACUCUUGGAUAUACCGAAUAAUUUUGUUAUUUUAGGCCGAAUUCUACCAAAUAACGAUCCAUAUUGUUUUCGUUCACUUCUGGUCAGACUUACGUUCCCGCCAAGUUACCCAUUCAACCCGCCUAUAGCACACAUUUUGGAUCCAUUCUACCAUCCAAAUGUUCAAUUGGAUGGUGGACAUCGCUACUGUUGGGAAUACUCUGUGAACAAUUGGUCGCCAAGGAUUACACUACUCCGCUUUAUCGAGGGCAUUAUUAAGACCAUUGAGAAUCCCGACCUGAACCAUCCGUGUGAUCAAUCCAUUGCUAAUGAAUAUCGAAAUAACUACAAAGAAUUCUAUGAUAAAGCAUUAAAAUAUACACUAAAAUAUGGACGACCACGUAACUAA